CGGGGGAGCCGCGAAGGCUGGAGCGGCAGGAUGGGGGACUCCAAAGUGAAGGUGGCGGUGCGUGUCCGCCCCAUGAACCGGCGAGAGCUUGAUCUGCAUACAAAAUGUGUGGUGGAUGUGGAUGCAAACAAGGUUAUUCUUCACCCCGUAAACACCAACCUUUCAAAAGGAGAUGCCAGCAGAACUCACCCAAAGGUGUUUGCAUAUGAUCACUGCUUUUGGUCUAUGGAUGAAUCUGUCAAAGAAAAAUAUGCAGGUCAAGAUGUUGUUUUCAAGUGCCUUGGAGAGAAUAUUCUUCAGAAUGCCUUUGAAGGCUACAACGCUUGUAUCUUUGCCUAUGGGCAAACGGGGUCUGGAAAGUCCUACACCAUGAUGGGUACUGCUGAUCAGCCUGGAUUAAUCCCUAGACUUUGCAGUGGACUCUUUGAAAGAGCGCAGAAAGAAGAAAAUGAAGAGCAGAGUUUCAAAGUGGAAGUAUCCUACAUGGAGAUUUACAAUGAGAAAGUCAGAGAUCUCCUUGACCCCAAAGGAAGCCGUCAGUCAUUAAAGGUUAGAGAACACAGUGUUUAUGGCCCUUACGUAGAUGGCCUAUCCAAACUAGCUGUUGCUAGCUACAAGGACAUCGAGUCCUUGAUGUCUGAGGGCAACAAGUCUCGGACAGUGGCUGCCACCAACAUGAAUGAGGAGAGCAGUCGGUCCCACGCGGUCUUCAAGAUCAUCCUCACCCACACCCUCUAUGAUGUGCAAUCAGGGACAUCAGGUGAGAAGGUGGGCAAGCUCAGCCUGGUGGACUUGGCAGGUAGUGAAAGGGCAACUAAAACUGGUGCUGCAGGAGACAGGCUGAAAGAAGGAAGCAACAUUAACAAAUCCCUCACGACUCUGGGGCUGGUUAUUUCUGCCCUGGCAGAUCAGGCUGCUGGCAAGAACAAGAACAAAUUUGUUCCAUAUCGUGAUUCUGUGCUCACUUGGUUACUUAAAGACAGCCUCGGGGGCAACAGCAAGACGGCCAUGGUGGCCACGGUGAGCCCAGCGGCCGACAACUACGACGAGACGCUGUCGACGCUGCGCUACGCGGACAGGGCCAAGAACAUCGUCAACCAUGCCGUGGUCAACGAGGACCCCAACGCCCGCAUCAUCCGCGAGCUCCGCGAGGAGGUGGAGAAACUGCGGGAGCAGCUCACCAAGGCCGAGGCUAUGAAAUCACCAGAAUUGAAAGAACGAUUGGAGGAAUCAGAAAAGUUGAUUCAGGAGAUGACUGUGACCUGGGAAGAAAAACUACGAAAAACUGAGGAGAUAGCUCAGGAGCGUCAGAAACAGCUGGAAAGCCUUGGCAUAUCCCUGCAGUCCUCUGGAAUAAAAGUUGGGGAUAAUAAGUGCUUCCUGGUUAAUUUGAAUGCAGAUCCAGCUCUCAAUGAACUCCUGGUGUACUAUUUAAAGGAGCACACGUUAAUCGGCUCAGACAACUCUCAAGAUAUCCAGCUGUGUGGAAUGGGAAUUCUUCCUGAGCACUGCAUCAUAGACAUCACCCCAGAAGGCCAGGUUAUGCUGACCCCUCAAAAAAAUACCAGGACAUUUGUAAAUGGCUCUGCUGUCGUGUGUCCCAUCCAGCUGCACCAUGGAGACAGAAUCCUGUGGGGAAACAACCACUUCUUCAGGCUGAAUUUGCCAAAGAAGAAAAAGAAGGCAGAUCAUGAGGAUGAGGAGCGGGACAACUCCAUGAAGUGCAGUAACAGUGUGGAGCAGCUGGAUAUAGAUGGAGACAAUUCCAGUGAGGUGUCCAGUGAGAUUAACUUCAGCUACGAAUAUGCCCAGAUGGAAGUCACCAUGAAGGCUCUUGGUAGUAAUGACCCAAUGCAGUCAAUCCUGCAAAGCCUGGAGCAGCAGCACGAGGAGGAGAAGAGGUCAGCUCUGGAGAGGCAGAGGCUGAUGUACGAGCACGAGCUGGAGCAGCUGCGGCGGCGGCUCUCGCCCGAGAAGCAGCAUUUCCGCAGCAUGGACAGGUUCUCCUUCCACUCCCCCAGUGCCCAGCAGCGCCUCAGGCAGUGGGCAGAGGAGAGAGAAGAAAUGCUGACCCACAGCCUGAGGAAGCUGCGAGAGCAGAUUGUUAAAGCCAAUUUGUAUGUGAGAGAAGCCAAUUUUAUCGGAGAGGAACUGGACAAGAGGACAGAGUACAAAGUGACCCUUCAGAUCCCAGCUUCAAGCCUUAAUGCCAACAGCAAGAGAGGUGCAAUUCUCAGCGAGCCUGCAAUCCAGGUGAGGAGGAAAGGGAAAGGCAAACAGAUCUGGUCACUGGAAAAGCUGGAGAAUCGACUGGUGGAUAUGAGGGACCUUUACCAGGAGUGGAAAGACUGUGAGGAAGACAAUCCAGUGAUGAGAGCUUAUUUCAGGAGAGCUGAUCCCUUCUACGACGAGCAGGAAAACCACAGCCUUAUUGGAGUAGCCAAUGUUUUCCUUGAGUGCCUGUUCUAUGAUGUGAAACUUCAAUAUGCUGUUCCAAUCAUCAAUCAGAAGGGAGAGGUUUCGGGUCGUCUCCACGUGGAAGUUGUUCGAGUGAGCGGGGAAAUCGAUGACAGGCUGGUGGGAGGUGAGGACAGUCCUGACUACUCAAAUGAAAAUGACAUCCAGGAGAGAAAACUUGUCUGCAGGAUCAAAAUACUUCAAGCUACAGGUUUGCCACAGCACCUGUCCAACUUUGUGUUCUGCAAAUACACAUUCUGGGAUCAAGUGGAGCCAGUUAUUGUUGCACCUGAGGUGGAUCCUUCCCAGUCUUCCAUCAGCAAGGAGCCACGGUGCAUGGUUGUCUUCGACCACUGCAAUGAGGUUUCUGUGAACAUUUCUGAAGACUUCAUGGAACAUCUUUAUGAUGGUGCUUUGGCCAUUGAAGUUUAUGGACACAAGCAGAGUGGUGACCGAAAAAACCCAGCCCUGUGGGAUUUGGGAAUCAUUCAAGCCAAAACACGCAGCCUUCGGGACAGGUGGAGUGAGGUGACCCGCAAAGUGGAGCUGUGGGUUCAGGUCCUGGAGCUGAAUGAGAACGGGGAGUACUGCCCAGUUGAGGUGACCCCUGCCAAGGACGUCAGCACAGGAGGCAUCUUCCAGCUCAGACAGGGGCAAUCUCGACGAAUCCAGGUUGAAGUGAAAUCUGUGCAGGAAUCUGGGACCUUGCCACUGAUGGAGGAAUCCAUAUUAUCUGUUGGCGUUGGCUGUGUUCAAAUAAAGCAUAUCAAGUCACAAAAUUAUCAGGAAGAAGAGGAUGAAAUGGACAGUUAUCAGGACAGGGACUUGGAGAGGCUCCGUCGGAAGUGGCUCUGUGCCUUAACAAAGCGCCAGGAGUACCUUGAUCAGCAGCUGCAGAAACUCGUGGGGAAGCCUGAUAAGACAGAGGACGACGCUGAUCGGGAGGCUCAGCUGUUGGAGAUGAGGCUGACCCUCACGGAAGAAAGGAAUGCUGUGAUGGUUCCUUCUGCUGGCAGUGGGAUCCCUGGAGCUCCAGCAGAGUGGACUCCUGUGGCUGGUAUGGAAACUCACAUUCCCGUUAUAUUCCUUGACUUGAAUGCUGAUGACUUCAGCUCCCAGGAUAACCUGGAUGACCCAGAGGCAGGAGGCUGGGAUGCUACUCUGGUGGCAGAGGAGGAGGAGGAAUUCUUUGAGCUGCAGAUUGUGAAGCAUCACGAUAGUGAGGUGAAAGCAGAAGCCUCAUGGGACUCCACAGUCCACGACUGCAUCCAGCUCAGCAAGGGGACGGCGGCAGAGGAGAGGGUUUACCUGAUUGUCAGAGCCACUGUCCAGCUCAGCCACCCUGCAGAGAUGCAGCUGGUGCUGCGCAAGCGCAUCUGUGUCAACGUCUAUGGCAGACAGGGUUUUGCACAGAGUUUCCUGCGAAGGAUGUCCCCCCGAAGUUCCAUCCCUGGCUGUGGCGUCACUUUUGAGAUAGUCUCAAACAUUCCAGAGGACGCUCAGGGGGCUGAGGAGCGGGAGGCACUGGCCAGGAUGGCAGCAAAUGUGGAAGAUGCAGCUUCAGCUGACUCUGAAGCCUACAUUGAGAAGUACCUGCGGAGCGUCCUGGCCGUGGAGAACAUCCUCACCCUGGACCGGCUGCGCCAGGAAGUUGCUGUAAAGGAGCAGCUGAUGGGAAAAGGAAAACUCUGCCGCAGGAGCCUGAGCUCCCCCAACGUGAAUCGGCUUUCUGCAAGCCGCCAGGAUUUAGCCCCCCCUUACAACCUGAGCAGUAACAGGGGUCGAUGGGAGAGUCAGCAAGAUGUGUCCCAAGGUGCCACAAACUCCAGUAGAGGCAUUAGUCCAUCUCGUACCUCCCUGCCAGGCUCUGGGCAACAGAACCACUCCCCUGACCCAGGUAUUGGUAGCCUGGCUGCUUCCUACCUGAAUCCUGUCAAGUCCUUCGUGCCUCAGAUGCCAAAGCUGCUGAAGUCCCUGUUCCCUGUUAGAGAUGAGAAAAAGGGCAGGCAGAGCUCUCCCCUUGCACAGCAGGCUGUCCCACGAAUUAUGGUUCAGUCAGCCAGUCUGGAGGCCAGUGCUGCAAGGAUAAAACAGAUGAACCAAGAGGAAGCAGCAAAGCAGCCGCUGGAAAAUGUGGCGCAGACGCCCGAGGCGGACAAGAGUCUGGAGAAGACACCCAAAGUGCCUUUGCAGCAGCCCACAGGGGACACCCAGGCCCAGGACUGCCAGGAGGGACCUCCAAGCCCCCUGAGUGAAGCCUCCAGUGGAUAUUUUUCCCACAGUGUCUCCACAGCCACCCUCUCCGAGGCCCUGGCUGGGGGAAGCGAUGCUGUGGCUCAGCCGGGAGGUCCAACACCUGCGGGGAGUGACUCCCCUGCUCCUGCAGUGGCUCAGGUCCCUUCUGACGUGCAGGACAGGGCUUCUGAGAGCUCUCUGGCCACAAAGAGGGAGAAUCCCCCCACCUUCAGCCUUCCAAGUGCUCCCCCCAGGCCGAGGGACAGCCCCGAAGUGAAUGGAAAGUCUUGCACUUCUCCUUGUCCCAGCGAGCAGGGAAACGACGCCUCUGCAGCCACUGAUGCAAAACCUUUUCUCUCUACCUCCACUCCAAAGGAGUCAAUAUCCAAACAAUCAGUGGAGUCAGCAGGACAAGCCAGGAAAAAGGAAACUUCCACUGGGGCUUCAGAACUGGGGUGUCCCAAAGCUCAUCCCGACCAGCCCAGCGCUGCAGCCUCCCCCUUCAAAAUCCAGAAGGUGAAAACAUCGGAGCUGAGAUCCUUUACCAGCAUGCUGGGAUCAGAUCCCACGAGUUCCCUGGGCACAGAAGAGCAGCAGGAAGGAGAAAAGACCACGUCCAGUGCCCGUGGACUAAACCACAACGGGUCGGAGACAGCAGAGGAAAAACUGGAGGUGAUUUCUGACUCUGAAGAUGCCAACGAAAUUCCCGAGUGGCUGAAAGAGGGAGAAUAUGUCACAGUUGGCACCAAUAAGACGGGCACUGUUAGGUACAUUGGGCCCACAGACUUCCAGGAAGGAACGUGGGUUGGUGUGGAGCUGGAUUUGCCUUCAGGCAAGAACGACGGCUCCAUCGGGGGGAAGCAGUAUUUCAGGUGUAACCCAGGCUAUGGAUUGCUGGUGAAGCCGGGCAGGGUCAGGAGGGCCACGGGCCCGGCGCGGCGCCGCAGCACCGGCCUGAGGCUGCAGGGAGCGGCCGGCACCGAGAACAGGAGGAGCGGGAACUUCUCCGGGUCAGCCUCCAACCUGGCCUCCCUCACAGCCCUGGCCAAGUCGGAAGGAGGAUCCACGCUGAGACUGGAGAAGAGCCAGAAAAACGCGGAGAACAGGAAAUCCUGGGCAAACUGAGAGAUAGAUCCCAGCCCAGCAAACGCCUUGGGACGUGGCUGGGGGAGCCGGUGGCUUCGGGAAGCGAAACCAACCGUCCCAACUUCCAGUUGGUGGCAAACACUAAUGAAGGGUUUGUUCUCUCUGCUCUGGGUGAUUGACAUGAUAAUUCUUUGCCUCGACGUGGUGCUGGAUCCUUCGUUUCCUGUCCCAAGUCCUGACGCCUCCGGGGGCAACCGACGGCAGCCGGGGCCAGCGCACGGCGCUGGGUGGGUGUAAUGAGCUCCUUCUCUUCCUCCUUUCAGAGGGAAAUUGGUCAAACCACAGAUUCCCAACAGCCACGAAAUCCUCCCCAGGCACCAGUGCUUCCCUGGAAGUGCAGGGCAGUUCCUGAAGAACCUCCCCACAGUAACAGCUCUGUUGUAAUUCCGUAAGAGCUGUGUCAGUAUCGUGUAAUCCUCCCUGAAAGGGCAAGGUGGGAAUGAUUCCAGAUGGGCAGAAAAGUGAAAGUAGAACUUUGUUUGGAGAUAAAGAACCCCUAAAGUCCCUUUAUUUAAAGAAGCAGCAGCCCUUGGGUUAUGUGGCUGGGACUAGUGCCUGUUUGGAUCACUGCCCCGUUAUCCCACUCUCCUGUGGAAAGCAGUGUGGUCUUCCCCGCUGGUUUGUUGGGAAUGGGAGAAAGCCCGUGGCCAGCUCUGUCCUAUUUUUGAUUUUUGACCCAUUUAAUGUUUGCUCUCACCAUGACAGGAUCCACUCUCUCACUUGCCCCAGAGUGGCAGAACCUUCUCCUUGAUUCCUCCCUGUGAGCCAAGAGAAUUUUUGCAGAGGUGUCAGCACUGAAGUGCUUCCCUGUUCCCACCCAGCCUUUGGAGACACUCGGAAUUUUGCCAAGCAGGGUGUCUCUGUCCUCGUAACAGGAUCAAUCCAGUCUAUUUAUUUUUAUUUAUUCUUUUAAAACAUGAAAUGUUUGCGCUUUACAAUCAUCCCCUGCCGGGCGCUGCACAGAGGAGCUCUCCCAGCACCAUCCUGAGUGCCGAUCCAAAGAGGAGGUGCCUCUGUCUCCCCCAGAACCAGCCUCUCUCUUGGAAAGGGGGAGAUUUGGGCUGGCUUUUAUAAAACUUGAUUUUAUUUGUGGCUGGUUUUUAGCUGCCUGUGGCACAGGGGACGUAUCCCUGUCCACGUGUCCAUGCACAGAUCGGCUGACGCUUGUUUUCCUGUCAAAUCCUGAAAAGCCACAGAUUUUUCUAUCCUGAGCUGUUUAUAUCAUGUUUAGUCAUCACAGGGGGAUUGGACAGCCUGAGCAAUAGAUGUUUUAGCUACAUGGGGACUAUUUAGGAUGCUAAAUUAAUGAUUAAACUUUAAUAUCUCUCCAGUUGCUGCCCGUGGGUAUCCAAGUGCCUUAAACAUCUGGUUCCGAGGUCCAAGGGAAAGCUCCAUUGGUAUCAAAGGAGAUAGGGAUGCUUAGUGAAGGAGAUAAUUAUGCUGAUUUACUGUAAUUAAUAUCAUUUAUGCAGAAGGAAUAAAAUUAAAAUAGAAACUAAUCUGUAGCAGAAAUAAGCGGGCUGGGUUCUGAUGCAGCCUGCGUAGAACUGCCAGGGGUUGUGUAUCCUUCCAGCUUGGUGUAAGUAGUUUCAGUGUUUCCUAAAUUUUCCUCAAGAAAUCUUAAUAUAAAAUGUACAGAGCAGCUUUUUAAAGAUAUUUUUAGUGUACAGUUUCCCCUCUUUUUCCCUUUGCACGAAGCUCCUGUCCAUCCAAGCCACGAUGGGGGAGGAAUUUGGUAGUAAAGAAUUCUGAUGCUGAAAUCUUGGGUUUUAAAAUUAAAACUGGUUUUAUGAACACAACCCAUACAGUGAAACUCUUUGUUUUAGGGUCUGAGGAGUCUUGCCAAUGAAAGACCACCCACUAAUUAAUUUGAUGCCUCUUACACUUACAGUUAGCCUUGUUGGCUCUCUGAACUCCACCCUGACCGUGUUUUUAAUUGCACUUUGUUCUGAUGUGCUGCCGGAAGAAGCUGAUGUGAAGCAGCCCCUCCCCAGAGUUGUGUGUUUUUAGUCUCAGCAUUUCAGAUACUUGGUUUUAGGGAUGUUUUUAAAACUCCUCCAUGUUUGCUCGGUGGCCCCUUUGGGGGAGAUGUGAAGGGAGGAACCUCCAAGUCCUUCUGAAGCCUCUUUUCUUGUGCUGCUGCCUGGGAGCCCAGGAUUUCCCCAGGGCCCAUGAAAAGGUGUCCAGGCUGCAGGAGAGAAGGGGAGGAGCAGAAGGAGCUGGGUGGGUGGUUCCCUGUUUCUGCUGCUGGUUAUAAACUCCUCUGGCCUGUUUGGGCUCCAGCCCUGGCCGUGGUUUGGUGUUUGCCCACCUGGGACACGUGGCCAGAGGCUGAUCCGACUGCUCCAGGCAGAAUUCCCUCUCCAACCACUCUCAGUUGUGCUGCAGAACCACGGAGAGGGGUGUGAAGGGUGCUUUGAGCAGCCCACACCUGCUGGGAUAAGUAUGGGAUGUCCCUCCUCUGGGAUAACAGGUCCUGGAAGGAAAUCUGUUCAGUAGGGCUGGGGUGAUUCCAGGAAGAGCACGAGGAGCCCGCGGUGCCUUCGUGGACGGAGGACCUUGCUCAGAGCUCUCUUGGUUUCACCAUUUCCUCUGACUUUGGAAAGAAAACCUCUCCUCAAAUUGUACCCCAAAAUCACCCUGAUGCAGCACAAGGUCCUGAAAGCCAAAAACAUCCAAUUUGGCCGUGAGGGUGUCCCUGGAGGAUUCCCUGACUCUCUCCUGCUCCCUCACAGCUUUCCUGGGCACGUGAGGUGUUUUCUAAGGGCGUUUUUCAAAUUUUUGGCACAGUGAGUGCACGUUCCUCUACUCAAAGCCAUCUGUUACUUUGCCCCAUCUAAGCAAACCAGAAAAGAGCUAACCAGAAAAGAGGUAAAAGUCAUCAUGGAGGUAAUAAUAUCUAUUUUUUACUGAUAAUAUUAGAAAAGCUCUACUCUCAGCCUAAAGGAGGAGGUGCUCUUAACUGGAACCGCCCAGCACUGAGGCUGGUCUGUGAAUCGCUAUGCAGAUUUUUCCAAGAUUUUCAUGCACUUUAUACAGGGAGGAAGAAUACGUAAUGCAGGAGAGUGUCAUUUGUAUCGAGUGUCUCAUCUCCUCUGGUGUCUCUCGGGGGUUCAGUGCUGCUGGCUGUAUCCCUCAUUUGGGGGUGGGUCUCAGAUUCUUGGAAAAUGGUGCUGGUGGCUUGGAAAGGCUCCAUCCCCCACUGCAUUUGCAAGGCUGAGGGUCCCUCCUCGCGAAUGGGGUGUCUGUGGCACCAAGCCAGCCAAGAGGAGGCUGCUCAGAGGGACUUUUUGGGGUUUUCUCAAGCCAAGCCACGCCUUUUUCCUGUGUUAGGUUCAGCUCUUGAGUUGUUUUGAUCUCCAUGUCCGAAAUCAAGCCUGUUCACCCCGAGGUUUUGGCCCUUUGCUGUUCCAUGAUGUUGUUGAGUUGAGGAAAACGAACAGAAGCAAAUUCUGUGUGGUGACACCGCCCAGGUCCUUGAACAGAGGGGUUUGUCCAUGGUUUGGGGUGGAAUGUUUGACACCCCCGUGCUCUCCUACAAAGGCAGAACCCCCUCAUUCCUCCCCACAGUGGUGGAACCCCACUGAGCAAGGCCUGGGGGUUGUCCAGUCCUGUCCAUGGUGGUGUUCCCGUUGUCCCACCGCCAGUUCCUCGGUUCUUUGCACAACAUUUCGUUUUCCCAGUGCCUUAUCCCGGGGCCAGCAGCUGAGGGCUGGGCGGCCUUGGGGUGCCUGGAUUUUAGGGAAUGAGGCGGUGAGGAACGGUGUGGGCUGGUCACACUUCACAACACCUCGAGUGGGGUCACGAUCAAGUGUCUUGUUCCUCCAUCUCCCGUCUCCAUCUUUGGUUUCUGCCCUCUCCACCGUUCCCAAACCGCGAUCCCGUUGGGUUCCCUGGGAGCCGGUCCCAGCUCGUGUGGCCCUGCCAGGGUCAGACUCUGCAGGGGCUCCGCGUACUUUAAAAUGAGCUGAAAUCCAAAGAGACUUUGUAAUGAGCUGUAAAGUUUUUAAUUAUUUCUGUACCAUACUAAAUGAUGUAAUAUUGUAUCAUACGUGCGAUGCCGCCUGCAGGACCUGAAUAAACGUCUUCUUUAGA